UGGAAAUAUCCACAUAGUAAUUACAAGCUUGGCAAUGGACUGCAUUUUUUUUUACGUUACGAUAUGAUUUAGCAUUUGGAACAGUGCAGAAUGGAUCUAUUCUUCUUCUUUUUGAUUGUGGAAGGGCUGUGUGUCUCCGCUUGGAUAUCAAGGAAAUGCCUGGUGCUGGAUGAAGACAACCCGUACCCAAAUUUUGCCUUUAACAAAAUGACCUGCCCUCGUAGUCAGCUUACAGCUACAUGCAACUGUAUGGAAGUUUCAAACUUAGCAUUGGAACUUUCCACAAUCCCCACUACCAUUCAAGUUCUAUGUUUGUGGGAUAGCUCUGGGAUGAAAAUUCCCCACAAUGGACUUCGCAAAUUCAGCCAUCUCCAGAGUCUGUAUAUUUAUGGAUGUCUGUCUGCAAUUGACCCAGAGGCCUUCAGGGGACUAGCACAUCUACAAAUGCUCUUCAUUGACUCCUCAAAACAGUGUAAUGCAUCACUACCAUCUCAGGUAUUUAGUGACUUGAACAAUUUGGAGGAUGUGAAACUUAACAACUAUGAACUACCACAGAUGGAGAUGUGUGAUUUGACUGGCCUAAGUCGAAUGAAAAGACUUGAUAUAAAGGGCAGUGUCAACUUCACUGACCUUUUCUGUAAAGUGUCUUGUUUUUCAACCACCUUAGAAUAUCUGAAUAUCGAAAUGGAGGAUGCUGGAGUUUUGAAACCUCCAAUUUGCACACAUGAACAAUACAAGUUUCCUUCUUUGAAGGGUGUAAGGAUUUUAUUUAGGAACAUUGACACAAUAGAAAACAAUGCUUUUAAAUGUUUUAAGAACAUAACCUUCUUAAGUAUGCCAAUGGAUUAUGUAUUGCAGAGUCAAAUUUUAAACUCCGGGAUUCAACAAAUUGAUCAGGUGGAAUUACAUAUAACAGAGAUACAUAUGAAGUAUAUCUGUGAAAUUGUACCUCUUCUGUCUGUCAAAAAACUCUAUUUAAAUGUUCAGUCAUUUCAAGAAUAUUCUGAUUCAUCUUGGGAAAACUGUGCCACACUGGAGGAAAUCUCUCUUCAAAGCAACCUACUGGCAACCGACCUCAGGUUCUUCAUAUUGAGUUCCUGA